GUCAGGGGUCAGAGUCUACGUGGUGAGGUCUGGAACCACUAACCUGGUUGUACACUUGUCACCAUGGUUGGGACCCGUAGUGGGUUAGAGACUAGCCCCUACAGCAAGGAACAUCAAGAAGAGAUGGCCGCCUUAGUCAAAGAGAAUAGGGAGAGGAAAGAACGUGAGAAGCAAGCGAAGCUCAAAGCUAUCACAGACGAGCGGGCGACGAAGAUGAAGGAAGUGGAGGAGGAGAUGAAGAAAAAGGAGAAGGCUGCUGAAGAAGAAGUGGCAGCAGAGGAAGAAAAAGAAAGAAUGAGGAUUGAGAGCAGAGAGGAGAGUAGUUGCACGAAAAAGGACACAGACGCUGAGAUUGAGAAGAAGAUCAGCGAGUGGGUUGCUAACUUAUCGUUGGGAGAGGAAGAAGAGGCGGAGUCAUAUGUGACUGGAGAUGAGAAGGCCGCAUUGGCCGCUGAGCUAGCAGCCAUGACGGAUCCUAUGGAACGAAGAGAGAGGGAAGACGAGCAGAAGUUGCAAUGGAAGUUGAGAAUGAAGAGGGAGAAGAGAAGGAGGAGAGAAGAAGUGAAUAAGAUGACCGCAGCAGUGGCAAAAGUGCAGUCGGAGGUGCUGGCCCAGCCAGAUGAUAAGGCCAAGUGGGACAAGGUACUGGGCUACCUAGAGGUGUUGAGCAAGGCCUGGAUGGAGGAGUGCCAGGCAAGUUGGAGCCAGGAUGUAGCGUUGAGUGCCAUGUGGUCCGGUUUCAGGGAUUUUGCGCGUGAAAUCGUCACCCAUAUUGGGGGCGAAGUCAAACAGUUGAGGGACAAUGUAGGAAAGUUCUGUGAAGGCGCCAUUGAAGGUGCAAAAGCCAUAGCCGCUGUAGAUGGCGAAGCCAGACCCCGUAAGGAGCCUGUCAAGCUCAAGUUCCCAGACGCGUACGGGGGAAAGGAGGAGAACUUUGACAACUGGGAGACCAGUGUCAACAAUUACAUUUAUUUACAACAUAUCUUGAUAGAGGAGCAAGUCCUUGUGGCCUUCCAGGCCCUGAAGGACGAAGCAGCUAGCUUCGCCAGAGCCUCAGAUAAGUUGCAAACAAUCCACUCACGGCAGUGGAGGAGUGCCAAGGCACUCAAGGGUCCCAUGAACGACUUAGUAGUCGUCCCGGACCAUGGGGUCACUGAGCCCCAACUGGUCCAGUUGUUUUAUCGUGCCAUGCCAGAGGCCCUACUCGGGCAUUUCUUUGACGAGUCUCAACAGGCUGACAUCACUUACGAUGCAUUGAAUAGAGAAGUCGUCCUGUAUGAGUCGCAGUCUAUGCCAGUUACCACUUUCUCGCAUAAGGACCUGGAGAAGGGGAAGAAGUGGAAGGAUCGUACCAUCUCAGGCCAAGUCAAGGCCAAGGAUCACUUGAUCUUGACAUUAGAGGAGGGUGGUACAGACGAGGUCCCAUAUGAUCAGAUUGAGUGGGGCCUAGGGGAGGACAGUAGUGUAGGGCAGGGGAGGUCUUACGCUGCUGUCGCAGCUGGAGGGGGGCCGCAAGGUAGAGGAGGAGGCCAGGGCCAAAGGGGCCACGCCAUGGGAGGUCGAGGACCGGGCGCGCAGGGGGUUGGCGGCCAAGGAAACCGCCAAGUGGGAGGUAGGGGUCAAGGUCCCCCGCCAAAUUGCCAGGGUAAUCGGUCCCCACAGCGAAGAGGUGGAAGGGCACCUAAAGGAGGAUGGUACCCAGGCUUGCCACAGGGUAGGCCCUGGGAAGACUUGGGCUUGGACCAGCGUUUAUGGCAGGAACGCGUGAACAUGGGUCAGUGCGUGUUUUGUGGUGACCCAGCUCUAGGGGUUGCAACUGCCCCUACUUCAAGGCCAUGUGGAGAGGUCUUGGAGAAGCUUAGAGAGGCUAACUUCAAGAUCAAUGCAAAGAAGUGCGAGUGGGCCAAGACACAAGUUCUGUACUUGGGCCACGUAUUAGACGGAGAUGGCAUUAAGCCAGAGGACAACAAGAUAGCGGCAAUUAGAGAUUGGCCGACACCGUGCACCUUGACAGAGUUGCGGUCGUUCCUAGGCCUAGCUAACUACUACAGGAAGUUCGUGAGGAACUUCUUCACUAUUGCCGCUCCCUUGCGCAGGUUGCUGAAGAAAGAGGCAAUCUGGCAACGGGACAAAGUUGCAGAUCCGUCUUUGCCAUUUGUCGUCACCACGGACGCGAGUCAGUAUGGGAUAGGCGCGGUGUUGCAGCAAGACGACGACAAUGGCUAUAGACCCGUAGAGUUCAUGUUGGCGAGGAUGCCCUGUGAGAAGGUCGCUACCGCCACGUACGAGAGAGAACUCUACACUCUCAGGCAGGCUUUAGACCAUUGGAAGCACUACUUGCUUGGGAGGCACUUCAAAGUGUAUUCGGACCAUGAAACGCUUAGACGGUUAAAGACUAAGGCCAAGAUGAUGCCUAAGUUGACUAGGUGGGCCGUAGAGAUAGACCAAUUCGACUUUGAGCUCAAGCCAGUGAAGGGUAAGUACAACGUAGUUGCGGAUGCUCUGAGUAGGAGAUCAGACUACUUUGGAGUCGUAGUACACUAUCUGGAUAUAGGAAGAGACUUGCAGGAGAAAGUGAUGCAAGCGUAUGCACAAGACCCUAUCUAUAGCGACCUCCUAAAGAGAGUUAGGGAGGCCCCAGAGACCGAACCCGAUUACCGCACUACAGAUGGGUUAUUGUUUGAGAAGACUAAUGUGUUUGACUGCCUGUGCGUUCCCAACAGCGAGGAGAUCCGUAGUUUAAUCUUAGGGGAAUGCCACAAUACUGAGGGACAUUUUGGUUGGCAAAAGACAUUAGCCAAUCUAAUGCGUGCGUAUACCUGGCCAGGAAUGAAGAAUGACUGCGUAGACGACGAGGAGGACACUGGAGAGGACGACUGGAGGAUCUUGCGAUCGGCUAGACGCCCAAUUGCCCACUUGGCAUUAGGACCAGAGGACGACAGAUAUCUGUUCUGCCAACUUAGAGAGAGGCAGCAGCAGCAGAGGAGGGCUAGAGCAGCAGAGGCUACCAGGGCACUUGUGAGUGAGGCCGCAGCUUCGGAAGCCAUGGCCACUUCUGCGCAGCAGACUACUCAGGCCGGUAGUUCAGGGUUUGUCCGGUCAACGGUCGUAAUGGCAAGCCAACCAAUAGUGUUGACAUCCGACGAGAUCGCCAUACAACAAGCAGCAUUGCAGGAGGCACAGCUACAGAAGGCGUUAGGAGAUGUCAAAGCGGUGAAAGAAAGAAUGAUUAGAAAAAGAGCCAGGAUGCAACGGAGACAAGCGGACGUUAGUGAGUUAGAGGAGAUGGACCUGAUGCACGUUGUCAAGACUGGUGAGGCCAACAUCAAUAUGCACAACUUCCCUUCGUUUAGGAAGAAGGCCCUAGACCUUGAGGCGAAGAUAGGGCAUGGACAGGCACCCACUGCAGACGGAAGGAGGAAGACACUGCCUCCUAACUGGAAGGCGAAGGGGCGCAUUAUGUUUGUCGAUAAUGAUGGUUCUACCAUCGAGUUCGACGACAACUUCCAAGAAGGAGUAGGUGCAGAGGCAGGUAGCGUAGAAGCUUCAGGGGGUGGAGUAGUCGCUACUGUAACUCAGAAAGGGUUGAAGCCCGAUGAUGCGAAGGUGGCCAGCAUUCGUGACUGGCGGAGUCCUCAGUCUGUGACUGAGAUGAGAUCAUUCUUAGGGAUGAUCGACUACUAUCGCAACUUCGUGGAGAACUAUAGCAUAGUUGCCGCCCCUUUGACUGAUCUGACCCGCCUUGACACCCCAUGGGAGUGGACUGAGAGAUGUGAGGCUGCUUUCAAACAUCUGAAGCAUGCGUUGACGCAUUACGAAGUCUUAAAACUUCCUGAUCCUGACAAGCCAUUUAUAGUGACUACGGAUGCUAGCCAAUAUGGCAUAGGCGCCGUACUUGCACAACAGGAGGGGAAAAAGUUGAGGCCAGUAGAGUACAUGUCCGAAAGGAUUCCCUCUCAGAAGUUGGCUAAGUCCACCUAUGAGAAGGAACUCUACGUGGUUUACAAGGCUCUGACCCAUUGGAGGCACUACCUCCUUGGGAGGUUCUUCAUCCUCAGGACUGAUCAUCAGACCCUGAGAUGGAUGAGAACUCAGCCGGUACUCUCUGAUGCUCUCAAGCGUUGGAUCGAAGUCAUUGAGCAAUAUGACUUCGAGCCCCAGUACAUCAAGGGCGAGUACAACAAGGUUGCUGAUGCCUUGUCGCGUAGAUCAGAUUUCUCUGGUGCGCUGAUCACUAAGUUUGGGCUUGUGGACAAUGUUACUCAGUCCAUGGUGGAAGCCUAUCAUGAGGAUCCGUUCAUGUCUGAGAUCAUCCGCAGACUCGAAGCGAAGGAUGUCCGAUUUACCAGCGAAUUGUGGAAGGCCGCUGCUGCAGAGCAGGGAACCCAGUUGCAGAUGGCUUCUGGGAAUCACCCAGAGGCCAACGGUCAGGCCGAGCAACUGAAUCGCGCUGGUACGCAGCCCCAACAGCUAGCACAGCAGCCUGUGUCACAGGGUCCACAGCCCGAAGUGAUGCAGGGACCGGGACAAACACAGUGGGUACCAAAGACGGCCAUCGCCGCUCCUAAACCCUUCACAGGGGAUAAGAGGGGCGAAGACCUCGACAAGUGGUUGAGGGCAGUGCCAGUCUAUGUCAAGUGUAAGCUUACCUUGCCACACGAGGAGGUGCUUGUGGCUGCAUCCUAUCUAGAGGGUAGUGCAACACGAUGGUUGAGCGUUUUAGUGCAACUACAGGGGUACAGUCAUGACUUCCGCGCUUGGGCGGUCACCCGACAAUUGGGUGACUUCCUUAAGCUGGUGGAAAAAAGGUGGCAUGAUCCUCAGGAGGCCCAAAAGGCCACUGAUGCGAUCUUGACACUGCACACGAGGCAGUUUAAGUCAAUAAGGGAGGCCACCGACGCUGUAGAGUGUCUGAUCUGUGUCCCUGGGGUGCGCUAUGACCCCCUGGUUUUACUCACCUCCUACCUAAGAUGCUUUCCAAUGCCUCUCAGGAAUCAGUUGGCAGGUGAGGCCAACAUCAAUGUUCACAACUUCGCCUCGUUCAGCAAGAAGGCCCUAGACCUUGAAGCUAAGAUAGGGCAUGGACACAAUCCCACAACGGACGGUAGGAAAAAGACACUGCCUCCCAACUGGAAGGCGAAGGGGCGCAUUAUGUUUGUCGAUAACGAUGGUUCAACCAUCGAAUUAGACGACAACUUGCAGGAAGGAGUAGGUUCAGAGGCUGGCAGCGUAGAAGCUUCAAAGGGUGGAGUAGUUGCUGCCGUAGCUCAGAAAGGUAAGGCGACCGGUAGACGCCGUGGAGGUUCCCGGUCUAGGAGUCAAGUUGACCCCAAUGCUCCUCCAUGGGAGAAAGCGGUUCUCACAGAGGACGUGUGGAGAGAUCGGUAUACACGGCAGGCCUGUAUUCGUUGUGGUCAAUAUGGCCAUCACCAAUUCAAGUGCCGCGACAAGAAGUUGACCGAUAAGAUCCCGCCUACGAUGGGGCAAGCGUUGGGAUUCUCCCAUCUCGUUGGUAGCAACGUAGCUAGUAUUUCUGGCAGUGCUCCGGGAAACACGUCGGGCUAGUACGGUCUGUAUGAGUUUGUGGUGAUGCCUUGCGGCCUUUGCAAUGCUCCUGGCACCUUUCAGCAUGCUAUGAAUCGGAUUUUCCAUGACUACUUGGAUAAGUUUGUCAUUGUGUACCUCGAUGACAUACUUAUUUUUAGUAAGACUGUCGAGGAGCACGUUGCACACCUGGACAAAGUCCUCAGCCUCCUGCGACAACACAAGUUCAAGAUAAACGGCGAGAAGUGCGAGUUUGGCCGCACCCGUGUCUUGUACUUGGGUCAUGAGAUCUCCGCGGAAGGGUUGAAGCCCGAUGACGCGAAGGGGGCCAACAUUCGUGAUUGGCCACGUCCUCAGUCUGUGACUGAGAUGAGAUCUUUCUUAGGGAUGACAGGCUACUAUAGGACCUUCGUUAAGAAGUAUAGCAUAGUGGCCGCUCCUUUGACUGAUCUGACCCGCCUUGACACCCCAUGGGAAUGGACAGACGAGUGCGAGGCUGCUUUCAGACAUCUGAAGCAUGCGUUGACACACUACGAAGUCUUGAAACUUCCCGAUCCUGACAAGCCAUUUGUGGUUACCACGGAUGUCAGCCAAUAUGGCAUUGGCGCCGUGCUUGCGCAGCAGGAGGGGCCAAAGUUAAGGCCAGUAGAGUACAUGUCUAAGAAAAUGCGUCUCAGAAGUUGGCAAAGUCAACCUAUGAGAAGGAACUCUAUGCGGUUCAUUGAGCAGUAUGACUUUGACCCUCGGUAUCUGAAAGGGGAGUACAACAAGCUUGUGUAUGCCUUGUCGCGUAGACCGGACUUCUCAGGUGCGCUGAUUACUAAGUUCGAUCUGACAGGCAAUGUUACUCGCUCUUUGGUGGAAGCCUAUCGAGAGGACCAGUUUAUGUCUGAGAUCAUACGCGGACUAGAGGCAAAGGACAAAAGGACUUCUGCCGAGUUUGAAUUGGUCAACGGCUUGCUGUUCCUUGAGAAGGCAGGGAAUAAGCGAUUGUGUGUCCCAAAUAGAGAGUCUUUGCGUAGUUUGUUUUUAGGUGAGUGCCAUGAUGCCACCGGCCAUUUUGGGUAUAAGAAGACUGCAGCCAAUCUGCUGCAGCGGUUCUGGUGGCCCACGAUGAUGCGAGACGCCCAGCUGUACGUGGAGACGUGUCAGGUCUGUCAAAGGGACAAGCCACGUACUCAGGCUCCUCUUGGGCUCCUGAAGCCCCUUCCGAUUCCGGAACGGCCUGGUGAGAGUCUGUCCAUGGACUUCAUGGAUACUCUGGUCACCAGCAAGAGUGGGAUGCAACACAUCUUCGUCAUCAUGGAUAGAUUUAGUAAGUUUGCUGGAUUAGUAGCCAUGCCGGAGACUACGAAAACCGAGUAUGUAAUCAGGUUGUUUAAAGAAAAUUGGGUCACGGAUUUUGGUUUGCCCAAAUCAAUAGUGAGUGACAGGGAUGUCCGAUUCACUAGUGAGUUGCGGAAGGCUGCAGCUGCGGAGCAGGGUACCCAGUUGCAGAUGACUUUUGGCAAUCACCCAGAGGCCAACGGCCAGGCCAAGCAACUGAACCGCGCUGUACAACACCUGUUGAGGCAUUACAUCAAGCCCAACCAGGUGGACUGGGAUGAGAAGCUUGCUCUCAUCGCCAGCCUGUACAACAAUGUUGUACACAGCGCUACCGGGAUCAGGCAGCAUAUGCAUCGUGCUGCUGGUGGCUCUGGCCAUGACAGGCAGAAUACUCCUCCAUGUUCUUCAUUGCCUUUUGCCACUGCUGCUGCCAUGACUGCCACCACUCGGGUCGCUGCUGCUGCUGCCGGCAUCACCGUGACUGCGGCAGGAGCGGUGGCUCCAGCCACCAUUUUCAAGGUGCACAAACUGUUCCAGGGAAUAACUCCAAUUAGGGCACUCUUUUCAGUUGGUACAGGAGCAGCGAAGCUUGUCGUGCUCCCGGCAGAGCAGUACAAGAAAAACAGGUCAAACCGCUCGUUAUUUAGGGGCAUGAGGAAAGGUGCAUGUGCCUUUCUGAGAAGUAUCUCGCUGGAAGCAGUUGGACUGGGAGCCCACCUAGCUGGCGGUGCCCAUGACCUGCUACACCAUGCGGAGGUUGCACUUGGGGUUCCUCCACAUCGUCAUCGUCAGCAUUCUCCAGGCAGUGGUAUUCGCAGCUGUCCUCCCUCAGAUCUGUGCACACCAUCCAGAUCAGCACAACCUGUGGACAUGAAAGAAGGUCUUAAGCAGGCAUAUGAUAGUCUUGCUCGAGGUUGGGGGAGAUCAAAACGAUCCCUUGUGGGAGGCACAAUGGAUGCAUACAAACAGGCGGGGGCAGGGCGUGCUCUUAAGGUCGUACUGAAAGCGACGCCAGCUGCUGCUGUUGCGCCAGCAUCAGGGCUGGCAGGAGCGAUGCAACGUGCGUUGCUUGGUGUGCGCAAUGCACUUGAUCCUGACAAGAAGCGGGAGUCAGAUGAAAAGCACUCUGGCCCGCCACCAGAGGGGUCCAGAAGAAGGUGACAAAGGACAAGUAAUUUGUAAGGAGACGCAGACUAAGUGCUUCAUUUCGUCAGGUUGUGUCUGUUGGCUAGUUGCAGGAGUGCCACGGGGUAGGAAUUCCACACACAGGCAGUGCCACAGGCCAGCCGGUGGUCAUCAAGUGGUAGCCAUUACCCAUCAUCAGUGUUCUCUGUGGCGCUAUUCUCUCAAGCCGGCUCAAGACAAUAUGACUCUGACUUGCCAGUUCUGCAAACCACUCUUCUGCAUGUGGCUGUACCGGCGAGGCUCACCUAAAGGAGGGUUUGUUUGUGCUUCUGAACAGUCUUGGUGAUCGUUCUGUGGGCAGCCAGGUAUGCCUCCAUGCAUGCGUGUGUACGUGUGUGUAUGCACGGCUCAACAUCCCGUGUUGAAAUUAACCUUUCGCUGCACUGUUGGGGUGUUGAGGUGCUUCCCCUUCAUUUUGUAUAUUGUAUGUCAUUUCUGGACCAUCGAUCAGGGCCGGAUAAGGGGCCUCUCUCCACCAGUCCAAAGAUGCAAAAUGAGGAUACAUCUUCCGCUACAACGUGCACCGCCGUACAUAUGUCUUUUGUGUGUGUCGUGAGUGGUGGAGCUAGGCCCAAGAAGAGGGAAAAGUUCAGUUGGAUGAGAGCACUGGCGCCCUUCCCUUCCAGUAAUUACCGCAUGGCAUUGCAUUGCAUACAUGAUGAACGUGGUCUGAAUCAAUUCGACAUUCAGACACAGAGAAGAGGCGGGAAAUCCCGGAGUUGGAUGAAGGCCUAGGACCCUAUUAUCUUAAAGGACCGCCAGGAGUGUGCAGCCAGUUGCACCCUCUGUGAACUCAUUCAUUAUGGUGUGUGGCUUGCGUUGCGAAGCCAGUCACACCCUCGGUCAACUCAUUCAUUAUGGUGUGUGGUGUGCGCUGAGGAAGGGACAACUGCGUGAAGGAACCUGAGAGAGACAAGCUCGAGCACGGGGUGGUGGAGGGAAACACUUUCAUUACCUUUGCUGAGGCAGGUUGAAGUUGUGUUCACACCUUUGUGAAAUCAGUUUGAAUCUGCAGGAUUGCACAAGUGCAGAUGCGGUGGAGGGAAACACUUCCAUUACCUUUGCGGAGGCAGGUUGAAGUUGCGUUCACACCUUUGUGAAAUCAGUUUGAAUCUGCGGGAUUGCACAAGUGCAGAUGCGGGUUACGCAAGUGUAGACUGAUUUCUGGUUGUGGAAGCAAAGUUGGGCUGUUCAUUUGACACUGUUGCAGCGCCCUUUUGUGCAGAGCGGGGUGGGGAUUGGGGCUUGGCGAGGGGAGCGAGGAGAUGGAGGUGUUGGAUAAGGUAAAAGUCGACUUUGGAAGUUUAGAUAACAUUGGUCGGAUUUCAAUACCUACACAUCGAGCCUCGCUCCAGGGGGGCACUGAAUCUCUCUCAACGAGGUGAUCGGAAGUUAGAGUACAACAUCUCCUAGACGGAUCUAGAUUCUAGAACCUUGGAGGUAGCCACAAGAAUGAAAUUUGUUGUGGUCAGAAUCGUUGGAUGAGUAAUUGGACCCUUCAGAGUCUAUUAUUACCGUUUUAACUUUUUAAAAGUUUUUUUAUCCUUGUAUAGAUUGUACACAGUGUAUAGUAUUCUUGUUAAUUCUUGCCGUCAGAAAGGUUUUAGGCCGGUGUUCAAAUUCUUCAUCACAGAAUAAGCAGAUACCGGGCUGUUGCUUCGGAUCCAUCUCCCCACCUCUUCGCUGUUAUUGUGCAUACACGUCGUCCAGGUGCAUUUGUCGACCGCAAGUAAUCUUUUUGUUUAGACUCUAGAGUGAAGUCUCAGUGUCCCAUGUCCCACUGGGACAAGUGGUUCCUUUGAAAGUCUCUCUCUCUUUUUACAUGGGGACAGUUUACCGCCGUUAAACCACCAGUAUGUACCAGUUGUUGCGGCCAUCAACGCGGUAGCCGAACCGGUCUGCCUGUCGGGUCCAUAAUACUCCAUAUUCAUUCGAACCGGGGCGGGGUACGAAAAAUGCGGUAGGCACUGGUGGUUUAAGAGUCCUUUGAAGUUUUCUUUCAAGGUUUUUUUUUUUUUUUUUUUUUUCAAAUUUGGAGUUUCUGUGUUUUUCGAACACUUUUUUAUUUUGUUUUUCAUGUUGCUGUGAAUGGAAAGCUGCUCCCAAGAUCAGCUGUGAGGUGAGGAAAGCGCUUGGAUUCCGUGGUCGCACUCUUUGAUGUCAGAAGUUGGCAGGGAGAUGAAGAAAGUUUGGAUCAUCAUCAUGAGCCUUGAGGUGCUCUUCAGCUCCGGAUGGUGCCAUUGUCAAUGUUGUGACGACACUGAUGGUGGGAGGCCUGCAAGUGAAAGUCGGGGUGUUGGAGCGAACAUUCACAAAAAUCGCUAGAUUUUGAAGUGAAUCUGGGAUCGCAGGCGUAUCACACUAAGGAACAGUUGAGUGCAAUGUAUCGAAAAGAUAGAAUUCAGAGCCACACAAGGGUGGACCAGUGGUGGGAGGCCUGCAACUGAAAGUCAGGGUUUUGGAGCGAACACUCCCAAAUCGCUAUAUGUCGAAGUUAAUCUGGGUUUGCAGCUGUAUCGCAGUGAUUUGACCGACUGCGAACAGCUGUGUGCAACGUAUCGAAAAGAACACAAGGGUGGACCCAUCGCAAGGAUAAUGUUACUGCACUGAUGGAUGUUAACACUGUGAGGAUGAUGAGCAUCAGGACACCGAUUUGCAGCGGUGGAGUCCACGGCAAAUUGAUGACGACCUAUUGCAGUGAUUUGACAGACUGCGAACAGCUGUGUGCGAUGUAUGGAAAAGAUAGAAUUUAGAGCCACACAAGGGUGGACCCAGCAUGCGGAUAUAUGUUCUGCAUUGAUGAAUGUUAACACUGUGAGGAUGAUGAGCUUCAGGACGGCAAUUUGCAGCAGGGAACUCCGCAGCAAGGGAGGGAAGUCGCGUGCACUGUGCAUGUGUCCUGGGGACCAUCUCACGCAA